GUCAAAGGUCAAUGUCAAAAGAAAAUUCAAAAAGUUCAAAAACUCUCGCUAGAUUCAUAUAUGUUGGACAUUGCGGUGAAUCUUUAGUGAUGCCGUCAAUUGAAUUAAUUGAACUCAGUGAUUUAUUUACCAGGUUGUGUGGGGCUGCUAAAGAUGUCACCACAGCAUUAACUUGGGAGAAUAUUGAGUUGGCUGUUUCUACUAGUGAAUUUAACAAAAUUGUUGAAGAUGUUCUUCCAAAGGAUUCAGAUUAUAUCUUUGCUCAGUCAGUGCAUGAGUAUGAUUCAAAUGCCUCACCAAGGACAGAGAGGACUAAUGGGUAUGGUAAAGCCAGGUUUCCAAGUGGAGAUGACACCACCUUUGAUCAAGGAGGUUCUCCUUUGAAACUACAAGACUUUGGCAAUAAUCAUCUUGACGAUUCAGAACAUUCAAAUGCAGGUGACUCAAGUACACGUGGCGUUAGAUGUAGAGGGGUCUCUGCUUUGCAAGCAAGAAACCUAGUAUCUGCUUAUAGUAUGUGGAAUAACCCAUAUAUGGGUGAGACAGUGGAGAACCCCCUCCCACUCUGGGUGGUCUGUGAUGGUAGAGAACCAGAAUGUAUUGCAUACAUGGGGUGCCAUAUAGGACAAGGGACUGAUCAGUUCACUUGUAAAACAUACAUAGUUACUGCUGAAGGAGCUUUCAUAGAACAGAAUCUGCCACAAUUUGCUGCAAUAACAAAAUUCCACAACCUUGGGGGCAAUAAUAACAAUAUUAAAACUAAAUGUUCUGUGGAAUAUGACCUAUUUGGUAAUAAUAGCAAUGAACUAAUCCUAGACCAGGCAACUCAACAAAGCUUUGGUACAAUACAAGUAGCCUGGGAUAAGGUCACCAAUAUGCUUCAAAGACCCCCAAUGGACUCCACGGCAACUGCUUUGCUGUCUGUGGUAUCAGGAGAUAAGAGAAGUACAGCAUACUCAUUGUACAAGGAACUCACCAUACUUCAGGGGUUUUACCAAGGUUUAAAUGAAGAGGGUGUAUCAUGGGCAAAACAACAGCCAAACAAAUCAACAAUAAGGAAUCUCAAGCAGCUUAUAGAAGGUUUAAAGAGUAGUGACAACCUGAAACCUGAACAAGAAAAUGAGAAGGAAGAUACAGAGCUUGACUCUGCAGUACUCAAGAGGAUUACCCUGGAAGGACGUAAAGAUCUGGACUUCACUGACAGACUCUGGGAUGUCCUCAUAGAUUGUACAUCUUAUGUUGAACUGGUGGACUGUUUGAACUAUGUUCUUAAGGCACUGAGGUCUGGGGACUUGCAACCCAUGGUUCAUAAAACGAACAGAACUAGUCUUGCUAAACUUGUACAAGACUCUUACUACAAUGAAAUAGUUCUACCAACUUUAGAAGGAGACAAGCCACUUCAGAUGCUUGUUGAAAUAGGCAUUGAAAAACUGAGGCAAGAUUAUAUAAGCAUAUUUGUGGGAAAGGAGCUCGCAAUGAUGAACAAUCUUGAGUGUUUCAUAAACAAGAGCCUAAGCUUGAAAGAUCAGCUGAUGAGCCUUGAGAAGUUACACAAUACAUUAGAGCUGGUUGUUACACUGAAGACCUUCAUCAAUCUUCCCCAACAGUCCCUAAGUAUAGCAGCAAGAGAGGCUCUUUACCACUUCCAGAACAAUGAUGUUCACCCAAAACAUAUUUUUAGAGUCCCAAUAAAAAGUAAUCAGGUUGGAGAUAAACUCGAAAGCUUACAGCCCAGAUUCUGGCAGGCAGAGAUCUGUAGUGAGGAAGAUGGGGAGAAGGUCCAUACCAUUGUCCACAUCAGUAACACACCGUCUGUCAGUCAUGUGCCCAUGGAAAAGCCAGUGGAUCAAGAUGCUCCUCAUUUCUACAUCACGAAACUCUCAGAAAGUUUAUCUGUCAUGUGAAUGGAGAGUAUGUUGUAUGUCUACUACACUACCCCAUCCUUUAAUAAGUGAGAGGACACAAUUUACAAUAAGAAUUAUUGAGUUUGUACCCCCUGACAGAGGAUGAGAGAUGAACUUAAUGAGACAACCCCCUUCACACGAGAGGACAAUGGGACCAACGGCUUCAUGUCAGUUUUCCAGACAAUUAAAGUGGGAGAUCCAAUAUAAUAGGACAAUUCAAAUUAAAAUUCAACAGUAAGAUUGCACACUGUUGUAGAUCACAAUCUCUUUCUUGUACCUGAACUUAUAAGUUCCUCGGAAAAUAUGCUUGAUGUUGAACAUUAUUCUUAAUACAGUCAGAGACAUAUUAAAUGAUCUGGAUUUCUGAUACAUGUAUUGGCAUUGUACAGUAUGAUCCAUUUAGACAACAUGAAUAUUUUGUAUGUAUAGGCUACAGGGUAGCCAAAUAAAAAUGUGAAUUAUUUAUAAGAUGUGUGUUGCAAUGUGGUCUGUAGUCUUAUAUAUUUA